AUGGUUGACUACUUGAAUAUUUCCUCAUUACUUCUGUCCUUCCUGUUUCUCCAAGGAAUUCUGAUCAACGCCAAUGGCAGGAUUGAUUUCAUUCACAACAGUUGUCUUUUCUUCUCCCAGCUUUACCAGCAAGGACGGCUGUGCCAGUUGGGGAGCGAAUUCUGUGAACUAGAAGUUUUUGCGAAGGUUCUUCGAGCUUUAGACAAGAGACAUCUACUUCAUCACUGUUUCCAGGCAUUGAUGGAUCACGGGGUGAAGGUGGCCUCAGUGUUGGCCUAUUCGUUCAGCCGGCGGUGCUCCUACAUCGCUGAAUCGGAUGCGGCCGUGAAGGAAAAGGCGAUCCAGAUUGGAUUUGUAUUAGGAGGGUUCCUCUCGGACGCUGGCUGGUAUAGUGACGCCGAGAAGGUCUUCCUUUCCUGCCUUCAGUUAUGCACACUUCACGACGAAAUGCUCCACUGGUUUAGGGCCGUGGAAUGUUGUGUGAGGUUGCUGCAUGUUCGAAACGGGAAUUGUAAGUACCAUCUGGGAGAAGAGACGUUCAAAUUAGCCCAGUCUUACAUGGACAAACUGGCCAAGCACGGCCAACACGCCAACAAAGCCGCCCUGUACGGGGAGUUGUGUGCGCUGCUGUUUGCAAAGAGCCAUUAUGACGAGGCUUACAAAUGGUGUAUAGAAGCCACGAAAGAAAUCACGGUUGGCUUGCCGGUCAAAGUAGUCGUGGAUGUUUUACGGCAAGCUUCAAAGGCUUGCGUCGUAAAACGCGAAUUUAAGAAAGCCGAGCAACUGAUAAAGCACGCAGUGUAUCUAGCUCGGGAGCAUUUUGGAGCCAAGCACCCAAAGUAUUCCGACACACUACUAGACUAUGGAUUUUAUUUGCUCAACGUAGACAACAUAUGCCAGUCAGUUGCAAUUUACCAGACAGCGCUGGAUAUCAGACAGUCGGUGUUUGGUGGCAAAAACAUCCACGUGGCCACGGCUCACGAAGAUCUGGCAUAUUCUUCUUACGUUCACCAGUACAGUUCGGGAAAAUUUGACAAUGCGCUAUUCCAUGCGGAGCGUGCCAUCGGCAUCAUAACCCACAUUCUUCCUGAAGACCAUCUUCUCCUGGCCUCUUCAAAGAGAGUCAAAGGUAUGUGCAAACUGUUCUUAGCUCCUGCGCUCGGGGGAAGUAGAAACGAUGAGCUGCUCCUUCUGAAAAUCUGACGGGCGAGGGCCAAAGCUGGCGAGGAAACGAGGAUGCUGGGUGAAAUGCAGUCAACAGAUGCAUGUCCUUAAGCAGACAACAACAGAAGUAAUUCUAAACUCACUGGAAAUGAAUGCAGUGCAGCUAUCUUGAUCUAAAAGCCGUAGGCUG